ACAUGGAACACACGGAAUAAAAGGCGACCGUCGGAGCUGCUGCACGUCUGCCAGCGUUCAACUCGCGAGAGAGAAAACGGGGCACAGCUAUCACGCAGGACCGAAAGUGAGGACGGAAGGAACUAAAGAACACACACACACAUAUCCCCACCGCCCUUUAAUCUUUACUCUGGCAGUCGAAAAAGAGGUACAGUGAAGAGCGGGACUGGGUUGGUCGCUAUACCGUCGUGCUUCGGUUCUGGGGGGAGUGUUUGUGUGUGUGUGUACGCUGUGUGUACCGACUACAGUAACGAUCAUGUAGCAGUAAAAAAAAAAACAGGGAAAAAAAAGGAAAAUCCCCACUUGUAUUACAUCACCCGAUACCUUCAUUUUGAACUCGGUUCCAAACAGCAGCACUUUCGUUUCUCUCAUCACUUUUGUCGGGAAAAUCCCUUUCGGCCGGAACUCGCCGGAUCAGCCACGAACACCCAAAAGGUUAAAUAGAAUUGGCCUAUCGCCUUCAAUUGCGGACUGUGUGAUGAAGGCGUCGUCGUUUCUUUGAACGAAAAGAAAAACGGCGCCGAGAGAAAAGCACCAACUGGUGGUGAGGUGCGGCACGCGAGCUGACGACAUGAAAACCUUGGCGGAAACGACGACGACGACGGCCGUAGUUGCUGAAAAUGGCGAUUUGGAGAGAAAAGAAAGAGAAUCACGUUCGCUGGCCCUGGAAAAAGCUUACGUCCACGGUACUAUAUAUAAUCAUUUCAAACUAUGAGCAUUACUUUAUUAGCGACCCAUGUAGUAAUAAUGUCGAAUCCAUUGGAUUAGAUGUCUACGACCAGCUGUCGCAUCAUUUCUCCGAGGAGCGCUACCGGCCAUGGCCCCGCGUACGUCAGUUCCUCGAACAGCUUGAACCCGGAUCUCUCGUCUGCGAUGCGGGCUGCGGCAACGGUAAAUACCUGCAAGUCAACCCAUCCAUCUUCAAAGUGGGCUCGGACCGUUGCGCCGCAUCGGUGGACGUCGCCCGACGCAAAGAUCACGAGGUGCUGAUUUGUGACGCUCUCAACCUGCCAUAUCGCGACGAGAGCUUCGACGCCGCAUUGUCUAUCGCCGUCAUUCAUCACCUGGCGACGAGAGACAGGCGAGUGCGGGCGUUGCGGGAAUUGGCGCGGAUCCUGCGAGUGGGCGGACGCAUCCUCAUCACCGUUUGGGCUAAAGAGCAACGACACCGAAAAUUUGAAUCCCAAGACAUUCUGGUGCCAUGGCGAACGCCCGACCGUUCCAGCAGCGAGGAGAAGGCGGAAGUGGGAGGCAACGAGCACGGGUCCAUCGCCACGACGACGACGACAACAUCCGAUGAGGAUGUCACUCAUUAUCACGCCUAUUCACAAACAUCCGAAAGUGAUUCCUGUUAUUCCUGCAGCAAGGUGCAUCACAGUAGGUGUCCGUCCGAUUGUUCCGGAUGUCUUGCCGUCGCCGGAACUUCCACUGCUGCCGAUGGAGAAUUGCCACCGCCCAGGAGGAGACAUCACCGUCCACAUCACAAAGGCAGGUCGUUCGAUCCUCACCGCCCGUCGUGCAGUUCCCAGAGCUCGUCGGACCUCUCAUCGCCCAGCGACUCCUGUUACAGUUUCGUCCGCAAAGCACUUCAAAAAUUAGCGAGCACCAGACGGGCGGUAGGUAACGGCCAUCACAGGCGUUCGUGGUUCACUUUGGGUGAAAGCAUCGAGCACCAACACGGAGCCUGGAGCUGCGCCGCGCUGGAGGCCACCGAUCCGUCUAAUGAACUGCCUAUCGAGUUGCGUCAUUUAGACUCGGAAGAGGACGGCGCUUUGCUGGGCUCGGCGGCCGGAAUGACGCAGACGAAUGAGCGCAUCAGUCGGAGUAGUCCGCCAUCGUUGGGCGGCAAGGGCGAUUCAUCCAUCUUUUUCGGAUCGGAACCGCCCGCCGUUGCUGAACAGAAUAAUGCAGCAGAUUCUUCAUCCAGCAUCAGCCCCAUCUUGCCAAGACGGUCGUCUUCUUCUUCGCUGGCAGCCGGCGGAGUUUCCUCUUCUUCCUCGACUGGAACUCAACAGCCCAGCCAGCAAUCUCACGGAAGUCGGUCGUUGAGUCUCAGCGAUCUACUCCACUCGUUGCCCGUCUCGGUCAGCUCCUGGCUGAGGCACCGUCUAUCAGAGGAAGACGCCAGCAGUAGCCUCAUUUCGCCCGGAAGUGAGCUGGAACGGCCAAUCGACCCUUAUUCACCUCCGCCGCCGUCGGAUCAAGACCAAAUCCGUCGAUCCGUCAGGCCAAUGUUGACCAAACAGAAACGAGUCGUACAAAUAUUCGAGUCCUAUUGUGAAGAGGAAGACGAUCCAGGGCUACUAGUUCCGGUGGCUCCGCCGGAUGAUCGUCAAUCUUCACUCUCUCUGCCAAAAGCACAAGCCCGUGUGUUCAAACAAGGUUCCAUGAACGAUUCGCUCCUAUCGGCCGAGCGGCUCAAAGAACGUGAGAAAUUGAAACAAAGUUUGUUACCACGUCAAGUUACCUGGUCAGGCGCUCCUACAAGCUCUCCGCUAGUUGUUCCGGAAUCUUCCCCUAGACCAUCACCUCCGCCACCACUUCCACCGCAGCCUUCAGUCACUCCGCCAGCCAAACAGACUCCCACAAACAGACCACCACCUUCUCCACUGCCACCUCCGCCGGCUCCUCCAUUGGAAAUUGGCGACGCUCUCAAAGAUUUCACUUCGCUCCGCAAUGGAUUCGUCCGCAUCUGGCAAACACUGCGAGGUGAUUCCUCCUCGUCUUCAUCGUCGUCCUCUUCAUCCAAGACGCAUCUGUUGCUAGACGACCGGAAUUGCGACAAGCCCUGGCUGCUGGAUUCGCCAACUGGCAAUGAAACCCCUCAUCCGGCGCGCUCAUUGCCACAACGGCGUCCACCGUCGUUACUGGAAAAACGGAUUAAAUCCUUCUGCGGUUGGGGUAUUGCCGAAGAAUCGGCUACGGGACCGAUGAGCCCAUCUCCUCGUCGUCUACCACCUGUGGCCGGAUCUGAAGAGGAUUUUUUCAAUUUCUCUUUGCCCCGCUGCUGCGCCGAUCAGGAUCUCACUUUCUCCCGCUCGGUUCAUCCGCACCGGCUCAGCUGCCAGCGCGAAGAAGGAUCAGAUUCGUCUUCCAAGGACAGCAGUUUGCAGAGUGACACCAGCGUCGAUUCGGAAGACAGUUGCGUUUCCGUCAUCUACGUGCCGAGACCGGGAGAUCACAAAGGCGAACUGGAAGGCAAUGGAUUGAUGGUGGAUCCAUCGGUGGCCAAAACGAGAAAUAAUUCCUCGAGCAGUUCCGACGGAUCGCCAAAAGUCAAAGUAUUCCCUACUUUGCUUUCCUUUGCGGCGGAAAUGACGGAUCCAGCGCCGGUCAAAAGUCCUGGAAUGACAGCGGCCCAGCAGGAAGGACAGCAGACGACCAACUCUCCACAGAGACAAUCGUGCCUUAGGCAACCGAAUGCGUUGGCCGCUUCCAAUGAAACAGGUUCUGACGAGGUUCUGACCCGGUCAGUAAUUCCGCAUUUCCAGCAACAGCAGCAACAGGCGCGGCCCGUCCAUCGGCUCCUUUCCUUCGAGGUAUUCAAUCCAGAGACGGACGACAUGGAUAGCGACAGUGAUUGCGGCGAUAACAGCAGCACAACCAGUGAGAGCUCAUCCAGUAAUUCAGCCGGAAGCGUCAUCAGUGUGGGUGAUCCAAUGUGGCCGGCGUUUCAGGACCGCAGGCAGACCAUUCUCAGCGGUUCUUCGCUAGAUUUCCAAACAUCCGCAUCGUGUGAUUUGGUCAGCAGUGAACAGGCGGACAACAGUUUGAUAAAACAGGAUUCCAACGAUAGUUGGCCAGCUUCCAUCGAAGAUCCGUCAGCCCAAUUGACGAGUUCUUCGCAUACUUCUCGCCACAAUCAAUCAUCGCCGGUCAGUUUAGUGGCCACGGGAAUCCAGGAAUCUCAAGAAUCCAAAUCGUCCCCUUCGCCGUCGCUCGGUGAAUCCUCAACUGGAGGCUCAUCCGCCAAGCAACAACAGCAACAAGAGAUUCAUUCCGAUGUGGAAGAAUGGAGAGUUCGCAGUUCAUUAGGUCCGUUGGACGAGUGUCACGAAGAGGAAGGUGCCGAACUGGGCGACGCAUUCCAGUAUAACAAAUCACUUCAGCAGCAGCAACAAACCCAACAAUCAGCCGGGGUCCAACAACAACAACAACAAUGGAAACUGGAAAAAGUCAAAGGUUCUUUUUCAGCUUCCACGUCCAGUUUGGAUUCGUCCAUUAGCGCUCCGUCUUACUCGAGUGCUCGGCAAAGUUCCAGCGCAUCGGCCAUCAGCACGGCCAGUGAAAUGCGUAAGAGCUCAGACGAUUCAACCGGAUUCAUGUCCACUCUUCCGCUUUUGAGAUCGAGAGUCGCCAAUUGUGUUGCUGCAUCAUCCGCCGCCGCCGGAGCUUCCGCCUCAUCUACAACCGGAUUUCAUCAGAUCCCAUCCACCGCCGGAUCAGGCGGUACUGGCAUCCGCGCAUCGGGUAACAAACCCAUCAACUGCGGUGAUGACGAAUUCUGCUCUAAGCCGCUCAACAAAAUGCUCCUGGGCGGAUGCGGCGGUGACCAACGGCAACGAAGCGCCGACCGGGAUUCGUCACUAAGUAUUUCCACUUCGCAAGAUUCCUUGCCCAGUGACGCCGGAGGGAGCAACAUGGGAAGUGGAGGAGGCGGAGGCAAUUCCGGCACCGUCACUCUUCAUCGCUACUAUCACGUUUUCCGUCAAGGCGAACUGGACCAGCUGAUCGAACGAUAUGUGGAUAGCCUUCACAUCAUUUCUUCGUACUAUGACCAUGCCAAUCACUGCGUUGUGGCGGAGAAGGUGCACGUGUGGACAAUUUGAAAAUCUUCAUAAAUUUUUUUUUCUUAAGAUAUUAAAAAUAUUGAUCACCUCUACUUUCUUCCUGAGGCUCGACUUGUUUCAGGUGAAUUUCGCCGGUUCUUCGGAUGGAAUAAACCAGAACAAAACAACACAAAACAAACCCUGUGAACAAUUUCAACUGUUAUCAACAUUUAAAACCUACAAAACAAGAGCGAGUGUUACGUCAAGUCUAUUGUUUUUCUUCCUUUAACAAUUUUUUCUCUGAUCCUGUCAAUCCACCAACAAGAAAAUGCUCAUUUUAAAACAAUAUAUAUAUUUCAAACACACAUGCACAUCACAUUGUGGGACCCACAUAACGCGCUAGAGGGCUGAAAUUGAAUCGUCGCUGCGGCUAGGGAUGAUAGAACAAAAAUUUUAGAGAGUCGUUGGUUGCCUUCCACAAAACGAGAAAAAUUAUUUCAUUAAAAAAACUUAGAUUAUCCUUCAAAUGUUAAUUAACUUUCGCCAAGGUACAUUAAUGACAAUUGGAAACGCAAUCUUUACACAUUGUCUAAAAAGAGAACCCAAAAAUAAAAAAAGGGCAAUAUUACGGGUACUUAUUAUAGGUUGACCAUUAUCGCUCAGGUAUUGUAUAAUAAAUACGCCAAAGUCAACUAGAU